UAUCGUGUUUAUCACCCAUAUGAUAUCCAGAGAAAGUAGCAUGUAGUGCAGCAUUGGAGCUUAGCAGAAGUGCAAAAAUGGCUUCUUGGAUGAGAGCCGUUCGUACCUUUUCGAGAAAAUAUGCGACAUCUGCCAGUCACGAACAUGCCAGUUCAGAACAGACACAACUGUUGUGGAAGAGGAUUUCGCUCUUCGUAGGCUUUCCAGCGAUAGGUCUGGCUAUGUUGAAUUGUUAUUUGAAUCAUCAGGCUCAUCACGAUGAAGAACGUCCGGAAUUUAUUCCAUAUGAUCAUAUGAGGAUAAGAACCAAGAAAUUCCCAUGGGGUGAUGGUAAUCAUACACUUUUCCAUAAUCCCAAAGUAAAUCCUCUACCUGAAGGGUAUGAAGAAUAGAGGAUGAUUCUGUUUAGUUUGUACUUAUAAUGGUUACGCUAAUAUGAGCAUUCUCUAUAAUAUGUAUCCUACAUUGUAUUAUCAAAUGAACGAUUGAAUCAAUAAAUUAGUAGAGAUACAAUA